AUGCUUCCGAUGGAGGUUUUUCACGCCAGCGUGACCAUUCUCUAUUUCAUCGUGCGCGCGGAGGCGCUCGGAAGGGAUCCAGCGGGGAUGCACGUGGGCAUCGAGGAUGGCGAUGGUCCAUUCGAAGAGCUUUCUGAGAGCGAGCUUGUUGAGGCCGUCAAUACCACGAUGCGCGUCGAAAGUAGCACCCCUUCUGGGCGGGCAGGCGCGUGGUCGUCGGCAGUGUGCAACAAAUUCUGUUAUGGCACGAGUUACGACUCCCCGAUGUUCCAGGCGCCAGGGGAUGCUAAUAUACCCGCGGGAGUGAUCGGAAUGCAGUGGGCGCGUCAGCCCAACGAUGAUGCGGCCGAAGGCUACGGCUGUGUCGUCCGAGAUUUCAAUGGCGGCGUGGGAGUUUACUAG